GUUUUUUAUUCAAAAUGUCAGAGACGCCGCCCGAGCAAUCGACGAUUUCGUCCGAGGCAAUUGCAUGCACGACGUCGCCGCUGCCCGCGAUGGCCUCGCCGAUGCGCGACGAGAGGUCGGCCCCGCGCUGCGCGCCCGUCGACGUCGAGUGCAUCUUUCCGUCCACAUGGGGCACCUCUCGGGCGUACGAACGGUUGCGCCACCUCCGGGCCAUUGAAGCGGCUGCGUACGUCCACCAGGCGCAGCGCCAGCGCAGCCUCGACGCGUCGCUGCCACCGGCGUACACGACGACUGCGAUCCGGCGCAUUGACGCGCUCAUGGAGAUCCAGCGGCGCGAGUGCUUCCGCCUCGAGCGCGCGCACGCUCGCCACGACGAGCACGCGACGCACACGUGCAUGUACGCAGCCCGCAACGAAGAUGGCGAGAUCAUUCGCCCCGAGUUUGUGCGCGACCGGUCGUGGCCGCCAAAGGAGUUUGCGCUCAAGAGUAUGCCCAAGCAGGGCGCCGGGCGUGGCGGCGGCCGGAAGCGCAAGGUGCCGGACAAGACACCUGCCCAGCUCGACGAAGAGCGGCUCGCCUAUAGCUACGAGCGUGUCUGCGUCGAGUGCACGACCAAGGUCUCGGCGUUGUGGCGGCAAGUGGACGCCAAGAUGGCCGACCCAAGCCCCGACGCGCAGCUCGUGUACCUCAAGAAGGACGAUCUGUGCUUGAACUGCUACGUCAAGCGCACAUGCCCCAUCAAGUCGCGUGCGCAACUCGCCGCGAAGAAGCGCAAGGAAAAGCUCAAGGAAGACAAGGUUGCCCAGAAAGUCAAGCCGGCGCCGGUCGUCGUCGCGCCGGUCGUCGAAGCGCCCAUCAUGGCGGCCUCGCCGGUGGCCACGAGCCUCGUGCAUGACGUCAUCGAGCACGAUGAGCAUGACGCAGAUGAGAGCUCGGACGACAAGAAGCGUAAAAAGUCGUCCAAGAAGUCGUCCAAGAAGAAGAAGAAGAAGGCCAAGAAGAGCGCGACGAGCUCGCCGCCCAACUCGCCGGUCGCCGACGUCGUCCUGUCGCCCAGCAACACGGACGACGAGCGCAAGCGGUCGUCCAAGAAGCGUGCGCGGGACCACAGCGUGACACCCAAGGCCAAGGCGAGCAAGACCGAGACCGCCCGGGAGCGCGAGCUCCGCGCGAUCGGCCAGUACUGCCCCGUGUGCAACGUCGUGUACGAAGACGACGACGCCAACGACUUCAUUUGCUGCGACGCGUGUGAAAUGUGGGUGCACAGCGCGUGCGACCCCAAGCUCGACACCUUCAAGCUCCAAGAGCUCGCCGACUCGAAUGCCAAGUACGUCGGGCCGUGCUGCAGCCAGAAGCGAUGAACACAAGGCAUGUACUACGACCAGAAGACGCAGGAUGGAAACACGCAGUUUUUUGUCACAAGCCUCCGAGAGACUGCGAUAUCACCUUGUGUUGCUACGAAC